AUGCCGCGUCCCCCAGACAAUUAUACCCACGCGCAGUUUGAGCCCGUCGACUCGGAGCAUGCGGGCGAGACGGUGCAAUGCCUUCACUGCCGCAACUGGACCGGUUCCGUCAAGACGCUCAACCGCAAAAAAGCCCAUCUCCUGAACUGCACUCAAUACGCGCAAUGGCGCGCUCAAGGGAACGGCCAGGAUCUGGCUCCCCCGAACAAGUACAGCAGGCGCGAGUCAGGCAUGAUGGGCUGGGACGACCGAGGAGACGCCGGAGAUGGCUACAAUUCUUCACCCUACGCUCCCCAACCUCCUCAACAUCAUACGCCGUUGGUAGCUCGUGGGAGGAAUCUUGAUCUCAGUAAGUAUUUCGAUGAGUUUUGGGACGAUUCGGCGGCACAAAAGUGCAUGCGGGUACGUUGCCUCUCAUGCGGUUUUGUUCGAGCAAAGAAUACCACACGCCAAGUUGAGCACCUGGGAACCUGCGAGCUGUUCAAAAACUCCCCGGAAGGGGCCGCUGCUGUGGCCAAUGGCGAACUCGAGAUGGCCCCCAGCGGCAAUCGCAACUACACCGGCGGCACCGACAUCUGGCGCGGCGGUGCACCCAACCCCAACCUUCUCGUCGGCUCCACGCAACCAAACAUGACCCCCAUCCGUCCAAUGGCCACCAACAGCCGCCUGCCGCCGGCGAGACCAGCUCCAUCCCUUGUGGCUCAUCUCCUCAACAAGCAUUCGGACAAAGCCACCAAGGCUACACAGCAACCAUUCUUGUCGCAUGCGGGCUACGGCACUCUAUCAGGAUCUGCUCUGAAGUCGUGGCUCGUCCAGAACACCCACAUCUCCCGCGCGCUCAUGUCUGCUAUUGGCGGCUUGAUUUCGAAACUCCGCCUGCCAGAUGUCGCCAACAUCAGAGCCGACACGUCUUUCCGCGCUCUCGAUCUGUUGAUCUCCACCAUCACCAACAUUCGAAAAGAGAUUGACUUUAUCGAGAACACGAAGCAUAAGUACAGCUUCGUCACAGAGUCGGAACCUCCGUCGACAAUGACCAAAGCAUACAUGGAUCUCCUAGCCAGCGUAUCAUCGCCCCAAGCAGAUCUGUUGGAAGGCAUGGUCGCACUGUGGGCAACCGAGCACGCGUACUACGCGUCGUGGAAGUAUGCGAGCACCCUCACCAAAGCCUUUCCACCAGCUGCAAACUACUCCGUUCCAUCCUACCUGACGGCAUCAAUGGAUCCGAUGGGCUCCGGGAUUGGCUCUACUCGGCCAGGCGCUCCCGACCAGCGUUACAUCACUUCCCUCCACGAAUGCAUGAUUCCCAAUUGGACAUCCCGCGACUUUAGCAAAUUCGUGGAUGCAUGCCGAUCUAUCGUGGACGAGAUUGCCAGCAAAGAAAGCAUCGGCGACGGCAAGGCCCAGCUACUGCGCUKCGAAACCGUUCAUCAACAGAUCCUCUAUCUGUGGGAGCGCAUCUGGCCACAUGUUGAUGGCAUGGGCGAGAAGCUCGGUCUCGAGGAUGAUGCUUCUUCGCACAGCCCUGUCCAACAACGAGAGAGCAGCGCCGUCGCGGGUCCUAGCAAUACGAAUGGUACUGGUCCUGGAAAUGACAAGAGAGACGCGAUUGAGAUUCAAGACGACGGAGACGACGAUGUGGACUCACCAUAUGGAGGCACUGGACUUGGUGCCGUUGCGGCUGCAAACCAAUCCGCUUAG